GAAUGGAUGAAAAUAUGUCAAACGUCUCAAAUACAUUAAAAUACAAUUCUGUACAGAUUUUUAACCGACAUAUUUGUCGCGAACGUUAUCGUCGUGCAUGGCAAAUAAUCACAGAAAAAAUGCUCUGCGCCAUGGCUUCUGGAACUGAUACAUGUCAGGGAGAUUCUGGAACACCAUUAAUAUGUAACGUGAAUGGAAGUUAUUAUGUAACUGGCAUUACUUCUUGGGGAAUCGAUUGUGCUUCAAAUUACUAUCCUGGUGUAUAUACAGAUGUGUUUACUUUCCGAUCCUGGAUUUUGCUCAAUAAUGGAUCCAAAAAUAAUGUUUCCUUUUUUAAAGUAUUUCUCUUUCUUGCUAUUGAAUACAUCAUAACUCUAUGA